CAACCUUGUUUUCGCUUUUCCACGUACUAGACUGUUACUUUUUUUCUUCUUCUGUUUACUUUCUGGGAGCGAUAAGAGGCAUUUCCCGUGCCCUUAUCGGCCUUAACGGGUUUCUUUUUCAGUUCAAGUCUAAUUAGUGAACAAGAUCAAAUACGCUUAGGUAAAGAAAACAGAAGAAGCAUAAGAUUAUUUACGCUUGAUGCGGCAUGAAUGUCUCCAAUGGCAGAAGAAGAGAUUCCACUGAAUGAUUUACUCCAUUGUCUUUUAGAAUGUUCUGAAAAGGCAGCGCGGAUAGCGCAGAUUUUUCGAGAGGAAAACGAUCUAUUUGAGCUUCUAGUUGAAAAAAAAUCUGUAUUGGAAAGAAAUAAAAGAUUCAUUCAGGACUACAAAACUCUUGCUGAUGUAUUAGUCCAAGAAACGAUCAAGUUAGAUGUCGCUCAAAAGUUUCCCUCAAUUCUGUCGAAAAUUGAAGGCGAGGAGCAGAACACUUUUCAGAACACACUAGGUGAAUCUAUCAGAGUCGAGCUCACAUCAGUUCCCCAAACAACAGAUUUACUAUGUCAGGUUCUGAACGGGAACCGCCAUGUCGCUGAAGUUCUGUCCAGAAUUGUCCACAGCGAAAGCGAUAAAUUUGAAACUGAAUGCACUGAAAGUUCGUGCAUUGCGUCUAAAAGAAUUGGUAUUUGGAUUGAUCCUAUAGAUUCUACAGCUGAGUACAUCCAAGCGAAAGCAGACGAAAUAAACGAUUCAGGCAUUUUGCAGUACGGGCUGAAAUGUGUAUGUGUUCUCAUCGGAGCUUAUGAUUUGGAGACUGGUGACCCAAUCCUAGGAGUAAUUAACCAACCCUUCUAUGACAAAGACUUGCAAUCGCUGAAAUGGAGAAGUAAAGUCUAUUGGGGACUCGCUCACCAAAAUGCAAGUGAAAUCUCCAACAACCUAAAGAGUGAAGAAAUAGAGAGAAGAAUAAUAGUAACCAGCAGCAGCGAGAACGAACGUCUACUAGAUAUCAUGAAAUCGAGGUAUCAAGUAGUGCACGCUGCUGGUGCCGGCUAUAAAAACCUACUGGUAGCUUGUAAGGAAGCGGACUUGUACGUUUUGUCACAGGGAACGACUCACUUUUGGGACACAUGUGGACCUCAAGCUAUCUUGACAGCAAUGGGUGGCGGAAUGCUGAACUUUCAAGAAGUGACCAAAGCAGGAAAUGCAAAAACCCUUGACUUGAGAAAAUAUCAAAUAAGGUAUACUUCAUUAGAAAAAGGAAUUGAAUCAGCAAGGAACAGUGGUGGCGUCAUUGCGUAUAGAAAUCCUAGUGAUGUCACUGAAUUUCUUCAGUUGCUUGAAGAUAAUAAUUAUCAUUUCACGAAAGAUAGUUCAUGAUUCAUAUUAUUGUUUUGCUGGGGUGCCCCCCCCCCCCAAUGGCGAAAAUUCCUCCAAUUUUUUCAACCUUCAUUCCCUUUUUUAUUUUUUCGCUCUCUUUUUUUGUUUUAUUUUUUAAAAUAUUUUUUAUUUAUUUAUUUAUUUUUAAUUAAUAUUACUAUUAUUAUUUUAUUAGAAACUAGUGGUAGCCGCACGGCUUUGCAAGUAAUAGAAAAAUUAAAAGGUCUUUUGGUUCGCCUGUAUAUUUACAAAUAAUGUAUGGUGAAUUUUCUCGCCAAUUGGCUUGUGCCAAUGUUACAGUUUCACGUUAUGAUAAUUUCGUGUCUCGCCAAUUGGCUUGUGCCCAUGUUACGGUUACACGUUAUGAUAAUUUCGUAAUUUACCCGUCCAUCAUAUAAUUUUGUCCUUAAAAUUGGAAUAGAAAAAGAACCACAUCGAAUUUUCGAAAAAUAGAGGUGCACACCCCAUGCUGCGAACUAACUUUGUGCCAAAUUUCAUGAAAAUGAAUGGUCUAGGCGCUAUGCGCGUCAGAGAUCCUCACACAGAGAGAUCGGACCAGACAGAGAUCCGGACAGAGAGACUUUCAGCUUUAUUAUUAGUAAAGAAGUUCUAUGCUACGCCAAAUACUACCAGGGCUGCUUGUACCAUCUCUUGUUCCUCUAACAGAUGAGAGUUUCUCCUACUAUUUCUACUGUUAUCACCAAAUUUUUAAUUUUGGCACUUACGACCCUUUACUUCUAGGAGCAUCAUGCUAUUGUGUGUUCAUACAGAAUCAAAAUAUAUGUAUAAAAUAUUUUUGGAUUUUAAGUUCAUUGAAUUGUGGAAAGUUAUCUUCCGAAAAAGUUUACAGUGAAUAGUAAUUAAAGACUAUAAUUUUCAAGUACUCAUCAAAAAUAUUUUGUAUAAAAAAGCUUUUCGUAUAAUGUAGGUGAACAUUUUUUAUUGUUGGAUGUUAUUUCCUGUAAAACUUACAUAUAUGUAAAAUAAAAGUCGCCUGC